AUGGUCAACCUCCUCACAACGACUCGCAUUCUCACUGCACUAGAAAAGGUCCCAGCCUCGCAGCGCGAAGAGCUAAACCUACCAGUCAAGCUGGAAGCAAAUGGCCCAAUAGCCCACGACCAACUAAUCCGACUAUCGCGAUAUCUCCAAAACAACCCAGAAUCCGAAUCCAAUGAUGCAGACCAAGCCGCGCCCCCAUCAGUCCUCAAUUCACUAUUGCGCGGCACAAAGGCAUAUGUACCGCCGCCGCCGCCGAAACCUGAGCCGACACCUGAAUACCUAGCCAGCAAAGCGAUCCUCCAAGCCCGCGCCGACCAACUAGCCUACAACCGCCUCCUCAACCCGACCACAACACAAACACCCGAACACUACGAUCCCUACCACAGUUCUGACCCCUCCAAUCCGAACAGUGUUGAUUAUCAAGAUACGCUCACACCCUCACUGGUCAUCAAUAUCUUCUUGUCGGUCGUGAUCACCGGGUUCAGUGUAUACUGGGCUCUGACGAAGUUCGCUACGCCGGAUAUCUUGUAUGAGGGAUUUGCAGCUUGGACAGCUGGUGAGAACAGUGGAAAGAGGAAGAGUGCUGGUGGUGGUGGGGACAGGCAAGGCAUUUCAGAAGCUGUGCGUGUUUUGAUUGCUUUCUUUGCUGCUUUGGCGGUUGCGGUUGCUGAGGCGUUCUUGUAUGCUGCUUACUCGGACAAGGUUGAACGGGCGAGGGUGAAGGAGAGAGGGUUGAGGGAGAGGAAGGUUUUUGUUGGGAGGGUUGGUGAGAAUGAGAGUCAAGAGGUCAAGGGAGAUGGGGAGCCGGUUAUUGUUGGUGACGAGAAAGAGGAGAUUUGGGGGAAGGGAGUCAAUGGAGGUGUCAGGAGGAGAGUUCGGGAGAAGUGGGAGAAGGAGAAGGAUGGGGUUGUUGAGUGA